UCCCGGCUGUUUAGAUUAAAUUAAUCCAAUACCGGCUUUACAUUGACAAUUUCCACUCGUACAUCCAACUGUUCAUCCAACCUCUACAAAUCCCUCUGCCCCAUCCCAUCACUUUCCAAAUUACUGUAAGACUUAGAAAUUAUACCCAAAUUCCUUCUUUUCAUACCAUAACAAACAAUUCCACCCAAUAUAUUUCUCCCCACAUUUAUUGCAUUCAAAUAAGCCAAACUCUUUCGUUAGCUCUUCCUCCUCUCUCUUUUCCAAUCCUCACUUCCUAGCAACUCUGUAUACAUAAUAUAUAUAUAUAACUGAUCAUAAUCUAAUUACAGUAUUUAUCAAAAGAGUGCAAUUAAUAGAGAGUAGCUAGGAGAAGAUGUCCAAGAAGAGUAGUAGCAAAGAGACCAAACUGAGUCGGUGCUUGAAGGCACCCAUUAAGGUGUUGAGCAAGGCCAGGGACCUGUACAUUCAAAGCAUGACUCAGUGCGCCGGAAAGGUCAGCUACGACAACGUCAUGGGCUGUCCUACCGCCCAAGUCUCCUCUUUGCCCAAGAGUUUCAGUGUCAACUCCUCCAAAUCCAGCAACGACGAGGAUUUCAGGGAGCUUAUCAAGGUUGCUUCUACACGGAGUCUUGGCAACAAGAUCGAGUUGGAUCUUCUACGGAGACAACAUUCUCCGGUCACCGGAGGAGUGGAUGCGGUGCCUCGGAGCCAGAGUGUUGGGAUUGGGAGGAUUGAUGAAGACAAGGCUUGUGAGUUUGGUGAAGAUAUCAAGGUCAACACUGAUGUUUAUCCAAGAAGCAGAAGCUAUGCUGUUAAUUCAAAGACAACUGCCCUGUUCUAAGCUAAAUUAAUGCUACACAAAAACCUACGAUCAAAGGCAUCUCUCUCUUUCUCUAUCUCUAAUAUGUUAUAUAUAUAUUGAUCGUUGUUAUCUACAGUUUUUGGUGAUUCUGUGUUCUAAGAAGUGCAUACAUAUAUAUAUAUAUAUAUAUAUAUGGCAUUAUAUGCAUAUGUGUUUUACGGUUGAUCCAAUUUGUAUAUAGGUUUAGAAGUUAAUGUGUACGUUUGGUUGGGACUGUAUGUAGUGAUCUUUUGUAGUGGUAUAGGUUAAUUAUGAAUGUUGAUGUUCUCUGCUUA